AUGUUGUUCCGCGUGAUCAUCUCCCCACAGAACAUUCAAAAAGUUAUGCUUGAUCCUGUUCCAGAUUCUGUUGAUGGCCUCAAGCUUGAACUCAAAAGCAAGCUCCAGCUGAAAGAUUCUUUUGACCUUCAAUAUGAAGAUGAAGACUUCCAUGAUUUCUGUAACCUUACCUGCGUAGCUGAUCUGCCCAAAGACAAGGUGACACUGAAGGUCCUUUUCACCUUUCCAGAUACAUUGUCAGACUCCAGUUUAGACACUACAAUUUUAGGUGAAUCUUCAUCUCCAUCAACUUCUUCACCCAGCAUCCAUUCAGAGUUAUCUGCUGCCCGUUCGCAGCCAUGGCCAACCACCUUUCCCAUCCCUGUUUUUACUCAUGAUGUGGAGCUGAGGCUAAGACAAGGUAAUGAGGCAUUUCGAAAGGAUGGAACACUUCUGUCAAUUCCCAGAGACAUUAAGAUUGAAAUUCUUGAGAAACUCGCAGAAAAUAUAUACUCAUACAAAGCCUAUCCUGGGAAUGAAGAGAUUGAGAGUGUAGUGGCUGCCUUAAUUGAAAAACACCCAUGUCUCAAAGAGCCAAGCUCCACAUCUGGGUGGUAUGGGUGGAAAAUUAGUUUGAAGUUUAAAAUGGGCAACUACAGACAAAAGCUGAGAGAUGCUGGUUGUAAGGAACUGAAAGUGAAUUCUGAAAGGAGAGGUCUUGGGGAGACAAGAGGAAAGCGAAACAAAGUCAAGAAACCAAGACGCUGUGAAACUAAUUUUCUACCAGAUCUACCUCAGGGCAAAGACCGGGAAAGUCUAGAAAAGGAAAGAGAGCAAAUCGCUGUGGAGAUGAUGAAGAGGACUCCAGACAUUACAUUUGUUGAUGCUGCUAUGAGCAGCACGUAUUCUUUGAGAAGGCAAGAAGUCGUUGAUGAGGAGCCACCAGUGUCACAAAUGAAAAUCCGAUGGCCAGCAAUUUUCACUGAGAGACAGAUCAGCAAAGAAUUCACCAGGCUUGUGUCAAAGGAUCUGAGCAAGUCCUUUUUGGAAGGCCUAGAUGGUCAUCUAUCAAAGCUGAUACAGUUAUUCCGAUCAAAGCGUUAUGAGGACAUUCCAGAAAUGACUUCAAUACUGGAGAGCCUUGAUAAGAAUACAACAAACCAAAGAAUGAGGACUGCAGCAUUGCUUGGCCUGCCGUGGUAUAUGCGAGAGACUCCUUCUAAAUUCAUGAAGAUAUGUGAGCCCAGUGACCGUGAAGAGGAUGUGAUCAAGGGUGUGGUGAUCGGAAUCUUAGUGGUUGUGGAAAAUGUGAUUGAGCCUCUCCAAGAAUUCUACAAUGACGUUGCCCUGGUGAUUGAGGAAGAAGUGGUGAUGCGUCACCUGAGUGACAUACCUAAUGCUUUUCUGAACCUAAUGGGCCUGGUGUAUGCAUUAAACCUUGACUACCCAAAGGAAUUAAAAUUCACUUUUGAAGUGAUACAGCGCCUGUUCAUUGGAGUUGGAUCAGACUCAUGCACCGCAAGAGUUCACUCUUUGAAGAGCAAGUUGCUGAGAUAAGAAACUAUUUUCUCCUUCUUGCUACUAUUAGCACUUAAACUGUUACACUGUUUUAAAUAUUAAGAUCAUUGUUAUUUUAGAUUUCAUUGUUUUAAGUGUAACAUUGGUAUUCUUGAAUUGUUUUUCAAACAGACUGUUUCUUGUUACCUUGUCCUGCU